AUGUUGCCAGGCAUUGCCAGCUUGGUGGAGGAUGUCGUCUUCAACUACGACCCGGCGCAGGUGAAGGACUUCAUGUGGCGGACCACUUUGGCACAGGGAGCCGUGGCGGUGAAGCACCUCCCCACGGUUACCGAGAUGCAGGCCUGGCUAGACAUGACCGAACGGGAAGCCUCGGAGGAAACUGACUUCGGAAGCCGGAGUUAUGGCACCUUCUGCGACGACCGUUCGCGGGAUUUUUGGGAAGGCGACUGGCUGUGGCCAACCAUCGAGACCCUCACCGGUGCCAAAGACUGCGCCAGCGCAAAGCCUUUCUGCGAACGGCGCGACUUACCCCUGAUCCGCAUGGUGUGCCCCGAGACCUGCGGCUGCGUGGACCCGCUGGCCGGGCUCUAUGUGGACAACGGCUGCCGCCAGCUGUGCCUCGAAACGCCUGCCUUUCAGACCGCCCUGGCCAGCGAAAACGAGAUGAUGACCUUCGCUCGGGGUGGUGCCGAGGGGAACUGCAGCUUCCUCCUGUCCCAGGAGUGGAUUGCCCGGACCUUCUGCCAGCACCGCCAGACGCGCCCAGGCACCAUGAUCUGUCCCUCCGCGUGUGGCUGCCCCGGCACCUCGGGCGACCUGCUCUGGUGCCCCAGCUCCUGCCUCUCCGACCCCCCGCCUGCGGAGGGAGGCGCGGGUUUUGGCUUUAGGCUUUAG